AUGAAUAACAAGCUUAUAAGCUCAAAAUGGAUUGCCAAAAAAAAAUACUUGAAUGUGUUUAGAUCGCGACCAAACUACCGCGUGAAGGAUUUAGCGUUGGACAUCCUACAAAGAUAUGCGAGUGAAGUCAAUAAAAAUAGACUUUACAAAGCUAAGGCCAUUGCUGUAGAGCUCUUAAGAGGAUCAACUGAAGAACAUUAUGGUUUACUCAAGAGUUACAUAGCUGAACUAAGAAGAGUUGAUAAAGAGGGCAGAUUUGAUUUGCUUUUGGGUAAGGGAGAUGUUUUCAAAGGGAUGUACAUGGGCUUUAGUUCGCUUGUGAAUGGCUUCAAGAUGAGUUGCAGGCCUCUGAUUGCACUUGAUGGUUGCUUCUUAAAGACUUUCUUAAGCAGGUUACAUACCAUCUCGAAGGUGCAUGGAAGAAUUUGUCCCAAUAUUAUAGAAAAGAUUGAAAAGUUGUUUGAUAGUCGUGAAUACACUGCACAUCCUGCGUUGGGUUGGAAAUUUGAGGUUCACUUUGAGGAUGAUAAGUGUGUUGUGAAUCUCGGGGAUCGUACAUGUACAUGUAGAGUUUGGGAUUUAACUAGAAUACCAUGUGUGCAUGGCGUAGCUUGUAUAAGGUUCAAAAAUGAAGAUGCAACUACCUUUAUAGAUGAUUAUUAUACAGUAAGCAGAUAUCUUGAGGGCUAUAGGGUGGGAUUGGAACCUAUUAGGGGUCAGAGAAUGUGGCCCGAGGUAGAAGAAACCACUGUCAAGCCUCCAGUGAUAAGAAGAAUGUCUGGUAGACCCAAGAAAAAGCGAAGAAGAGCACCUGAGGAAAAAGAUCCUAAAUUUCCUAAAAAAAAGAGAAGUGGAGUGCAGAUGACUUGCCAAAACUGUCACCAACAAGGGCACAACAGCAGGAGUGGAAAAUUACAUUUGAGAAUAUCUUAUGCUCCAUAUAUAUAUUUUUCACUUGAAUAUCAACAGGCAAAUGGCUAG